CGUUUGAGGGGACGGGCGGUAGGGGUAAAAGGAGUUGCCGGGCGUUAGCAAAGCAUAAACGGCGUUUGGGAGGAGGUAUUUGACGCAAUUUGCUAUUAGAAAACAAGACAGAACCGCCAGUCUCCUAACCGAAUACCAAGCCGACCUAAACACUUAGCCUACAGCACAAUUUUGAACGCCGACAGCUGGGAGAAGUAAGGUGUCGAAUAUCGCUAAUUGGCGACACAGCUAGCAGUUAGCCAGCACCUCUUUCAUAGCUAGCAUAGCUACAUCCUCAUUAGCAAACAAUCAUCCUCGAGACCCAGGCAGCACCGUCUGAUACGUCUGGUUGCAAACAACGACAGUAUUCCAUGCUAUUAGCGUACACGCUCUCCUUAUUUAACAGUUCGAGCUAACGUUUGCGAAAAGAGCUAGUUUGGCCGCUGGAAAACGGUCUGUGGCUGGCUACCCAUUGAUACUGCGAACCAUCACUCCCAGGUCCCCCAUCACCUCUGCCCCUAUCCCCUUCCACCCGACACCCUGGACAUCCACAAGCGGCCGGAGAACGGCGUCGAGCCAGCAGCGAAGCUGGGGGUUGUUUCGGACUCGCACCUCAUAGGAGCGCCGACAGAAAGGCAUAGUCGUGGGGAGGCGAAGACGACUAUGGACGGGCUGGCGGUGGAGGUCCGAGGCUCGAACGGGGCCUUCUACAAGGGGUUCAUCAAGGAUGUCCACGAAGAAACGCUCACAAUAGCCUUUGAAAACAACUGGCAGCCAGAGAGACAGAUGCCUUUCAGUGAUGUGCGGCUCCCGCCCCCCGCAGAUUACCACAAGGACAUCGCCGAGGGAGAGGAGGUGGAGGUGUAUUCUCCAGGCCCUGGUGUCGUUAGAUACAGAGCGUACCACAGUCAGCCUCCCUCGUCAACACACACACUCCCGCCCACAACACACGCACUCCCGCCCACAACACACACACUCCCACACAGAACCCCCCUGCUGCACGCACACGACACACCCACGUCAUCAGCGUCGCCGUCACCUGAGGUGUAUUCGCGCGCUAACGACCAGGAGCCGUGUGGUUGGUGGCUGGCCCGCGUUCGUAUGAUGAAGGGCGAGGUGAGUCAGGGCCUGUUCUACGUGAUCGAGUACGCAGCGUGUGAACCCUCGUACAAUGAGAUCGUCACGUCGGAGAGGAUCCGACCCGUCAACCCCAACAGCCCCUCGUCACGCACCUCCUUCCACAAAGUCCGCGUCCCCGUCCCAGAAGACCUCAGAGAAAUCUGUUUGACCGACAACAUCCAUAAAGACUUCAGUAAAGCCAUCGGAGCAAAAUGCAUCUUCUACGAAACGACUUCUCACGACCUUGUCAUCCUGUCCACCAAUGAGUCCACAGUGAAGCGAGCCAACCUGCUGAGUGACAUGCACUUCCGCAGCAUCCGCACCAAACUCAUGCUCAAGUCCCGCAACGAAGAAGCCACCAAACACCUAGAGACGAGUAAGCAGCUGGCGUCUGCGUACCAGGAGGAGGUCCGCGUGCGCGAGGACCUGAUGGGAUUGGCCAUCGGCUCCCACGGCGCCAACAUCCAGCAGGCGCGCAAGGUGCCCGGCGUCACCGCCAUCGAGCUGGAGGAGGAGAGCUGCACCUUCAGGAUCUACGGAGAGACCCCAGAGGCGGUGAAGCAGGCCAGAGAGUACCUUGAAUUCAAAGAAGAUGCUUUUCAGGUGCCCAGACAUCUGGUUGGUAAAGUGAUCGGCAAGAGUGGCAAAAUCAUCCAGGAGAUAGUGGACAAGUCGGGAGUGGUGCGCGUGCGCAUCGAGGGGGACAACGAGAAAAAACUGGGAGGCCGAGAAGAGGUAGGCAGGGACGCAGGGACCCACCGCAGAGACGCCCCCCCCUCCCACGCCACCCAAGAGGGAAUGGUUCCGUUCAUCUUCGUUGGCACCAAGGAGAAUAUCAGCAAUGCCCAGGCUCUCCUGGAAUACCACGUGGCAUACCUACAGGAAGUGGAGCAGCUUCGUCAGGAGCGCCUGCAGAUCGAUGAGCAGUUGCGGCAGAUCGGCGUUGGUUACCGAGCACCAGGUCCCGGACGCUCCGGACCAGGACCCGCAGCCGGUGAGCGUGAGAGGGGCUACCUGACGGACGAGAGCACCAACUCGGCAUCGCUGCACACCUCGCGUACCUACGGGGGCCGCGGACGAGGACGCAGGCCCUCCAACUCCCAGUACUCUGGCUACGGCACUAACUCGGAGCUGUCCAACGCUUCAGAGUCCGAGGAGGUGGCGGACGGGCGAGACGGCCGCGACAUGCGGGACGGACGUGACGGUGGCCGCGACCAGAGGGACAUGAGGGACGGAGGCCGCGACGUGCGCCCGCGUGGCGUGGGAGACCGCGAGAGAGGCGGUGGCGGUGACGAGCGGGGCGCAAGGCGCGGGGGCCGGGGACGCGGAGCCAGCGCGGGAAGGGGACGCGGAGGAGGACCAGGACCUCGCCAGACCAACUCCAUUAGCUCAGUCUUGCGUGACCCGGACAGCAACCCCUACUCUCUGCUGGAGGGCGAGGCCGAGGUGGGCGUGGACACGGACGCCAGCGAGGGCCCCGGCAACAACGGCAACGAGAGACGCCGCCGCUCCCGCCGUCGCCGCACCGACCAGGAGCCCAGCCUCAUGGACGCCAACGCCAACGAGUCCGACGGACAGGCGCCCGCCAGCGAGAACGGCCUAGAUGAAGACGGCAAACCCCAGCGCAGAAACAGGAGCCGUCGCAGACGCAACCGGGCCAACCACCCCGAAGGCGGAUCCAGCAGCAGAGACAGACAGCCAGUGACUGUGGCAGACUUCAUCUCUCGCCCCGAAUCUCAGAGUCGACAGAACUUGGCCGCAAAAGAGAAAGAGGCGCAGCCAGCCUCCCACCCCAAGGAGAACGGGACGGCCAGCAAGAAGGAGGCCAGCAGCGGCGCGGCCCCCAAGCGCUCCCCUAGCAACGGCGUUGCCAAGGCGGGCGAGGCGAUGGUGAACGGAGUGUCGUAAAGAGUCGGGGGUCCCCCCCAACCAACGCACCCCAUCACCACCUCUAUCAGCGUCUAGAAGCGUGACAUCACGGCAAAAAACUACCUGUCCCUAUCUGCUUGCAUUUGCGUAACAAUGAAAAAAAAACAUAAAUAAUAAUAAUAAUAAUGAUGAUGUUGAUGAUAACGAUGAAAUCCUUUCAAACCACCACCAACAAGACGAAGAAGAGUAUGAGAUGUGUGAGGGAAAAAAAACGACUUCAAACACUUUGAGAAAUACAUACGAGAGAUGUUGAGAAAAAAAAUGAAUUUUUAAAAACCUACAAAAAAACGACAAACCGCAUCUAAUUAAAAAAACACACAUUAAUGGUGUAUGUUUAUCCUAUCUAUCAGUACUUAGAGCUUAUUUAAGACUAGCUUGCCAAAAAUAAGCUGGCGGAUACGACUUGAUCUUUUAAAGACAUACUGAACUCAGAACAGGACGUGACUAUUGUUAUUGUUAACUUUUUUUGUUUGUCCUUUUAUUUCUGUUGUUCGUUUUUUUGUUUUCCGUUUCACUGGUUUAGGCUUGUGAUCAUACCUGGUCAUAAAUAGACACACAUCUUCGAAAAUGUCGACGUUUAGUGCGAGAAAAACACUUAGGAAGGAAGUUACGAAAAAGAGAAAGGAAAAAAAAAGAAACGAAA